CUCGUCGGCCCAAAGCGGACUAGAUGCUUGGCAUGGUGCACGCGAAGAUGCAUGCAGAAGAUUCGUGUAGAGUGAGCACAAACACCACCUUGCCGCAUUGCGAGUCGUCGUUAUCUCUCCGGGCCUAAUGCAACUCUCGCGCACCCGGCUCAUAUGUCGCGCCCAUAACCGCUUCAAUCCGUCAAUUGCGCUAUGGCAGCACUUUGUCCAACCUGGCUCGCCAGGACCCCGCGACCGGCGCCAACUUUCUACUGCGACAGAAGCUGCACAAGAUCGCGCGAACUCAAGUAGCAAGGGCGAUAGUUCUCGGGCGCGCGAUCCCCAAGAUACCGAAAUAGUCACGGAAAAUGCGGCAGAAACGUCGAAUGCAAAGUCAGGGCAAUUGCCCGUGAGGAAAAUGACCACGGUCAAAGGGCGCUGGCUGUCCAGCAAGGCCGAGGUUUCGAUCGCUAAGAAUAAGCACCUGAAGCGGACAAAUCCAGAUACCUCGAAUGUCGAAUCCCAGGACCAGCUAGCAAUUGCAAGAGACGCGUUCGCAAAGUCACAAGAUUACCAGGGCGUAGUUGUGCGGCCCAUCGUAGGCGGGAAGCCCAUCAGAGAAAGUGCGCUCCCAUGGUGUGUGAACAUGGAGGGAGAACCAACAAUGACAGGCAUGGAUCGUCUGCAUUCCGAAAUCGUGAGAUUCUACAAAUACACAAAACCCGAUCGAUACGAAACGGCCGCCCGGAAGCACAUCAUCGAACAGGUGCAAAGACAAGUCAAACAAUGCCUUCCAAAAUACAACAUCGAAUUAUUCGGCUCCGAGCGGACUGGUAUCGCUAUGCCCUUGUCAGACUUGGACUUCAGGCUCGUAUUGAAGUCGCAACCGUCAAACCCUGCGCAGGCAAAACUCCCGCCAGAUGCGAAAGAGCGGAAAAAGGGCACAAAUAUUUUGAGGCAUUUGUAUUGGAAAACAUUUAAUAAGAACGGAGCGUACAUACUGGCCGCGAUUCGUCACGCGCGCUAUCCUCUCAUCGCUGCACAGGACCGCAAAUCGGGCUUGGAUGUCCAGGUUGUGCUCGCGAACGAUACAUCCAUAUCGAGGGUCACCAUGCAGGAGUAUAUGGAAAAGAUAUCCUAUCUACAGGAGCUGUACUGGGUGAUCAAGACCAUGUUCGAUAUACGAGGUCUGUCGGACGUGUUCCGGGGCGGUUUUGGCUCCUACUCGCUCUUCAUGAUGGUAGUCGCCAGCAUAAAGCAUUCACCAAAGCCACCAAAAGACUCUGCGCGUGCCCUUCUCCACUUCCUCGACUUCUGGGGCAACUUCGACACGACCAAGCACGGUGUGUCUAUCGAACCAGCUUACCUCUUUGACAAAGCCAAACAUCCUGUCCUCACCGAUACGCAGAGAGCCAAGUUAAAGAGCGGAGAAACCCAGCCUCUCCCCUCGUACAUGCUCUCCCUCCGCGACCCCGCCGACGAAACCAACGACCUCGGCCGCAAAGGCAUAGCCAUCAAGCACGUCCAAGCUACCCUCCGCGAUCUCCACCACCACCUCCUCCUCGACAUGAAAUUCAACAAGCGAGCAUCCAUACUCUGCCCUCUCGUAGGCACGUCGUACAUGCUGCAACUCGAACGUCGCAGGAAACUACAAAACUAUGGUCGCGAGUGGGUGGAAAGGGAACAAAGGGACCUUGCGAAACUGGCAAAGGAGGUCAGAGAGGGUGGAUGGCAAUUGGCGAAAGAGAGUGGGGGAGACGCUGUAGACGAAGAGGCGCCGAAGGAGUUUAUGGAAGAGGAUGUGGACGAGGAAACACUGGAAAAGAUGAAAGAAGAAGAGACUAGGCUACUAUUGGCCAAAGAAGAGCGGGAUAGGGAAUGGAAGAAGCUCGCCGAGGAGAAGACUCAGCGGUUGAAGGAAGAAGCGCAGAACACGUCGAUAUUAGACUAUGGUGAUACCAUGUCUUCUAUCCUGGGUAUGCCGGUAGUGGAGGAUCCGCAGACAAGUAAAGAUAGUGUGGACGGACAAGGCGAGGCGAAGAAGGCCUAGUCGCUUACCAAUGUUGUAAAAAUAUCAUCACAUGCAGCAAUCUUCUCACACGCGUGUCUGCAGUGGUUAGAGCAAUACGCCUCAACCCCGUCACAAAACAAGCACGCGACUCAGAAAGAACGUCAGAGAAGAAAUCGAGCCUG